UGAAAUUUGAAUUUCAGAGCCUUACGCAAAGAUUUUUUGAUCAUCCCUACCCACCCCCUUCCUCCAUAUAUGUCUUCUCUAACAUCUCCUAAUAACGCCUCCACCUUUCAUACUACCAAAUGGUUAUACGCCCGCAGAAAGCUGAGGUUUUUCAGUAGAAUCCGACGGCUCCUCCUGCACGUCAAGGCUUCCCCGAAGGAAUACAGGCCGCCGGAUGAUGAUGGUGUGAUCGGAGGAGGAAAGAGAGAGGAGGGAGUAGUUAUGGAGAGGAAAGCAGAGAGCGAUGGCGGUUGGGCGGUUUUGCAGAAGUCCGUGAAGAAACUUCACUUCGGGAGCUGGGAAGAGAAGGAGGCGGCGGCGAUGGAGAUUAAGACGGUGGCGCAGCAGGACUUGAAGCGGCGGAAAUCCAUGGCGGAGCUCGGCGUUAUUCCGCCGUUGGUGUCCAUGUUCGCCUCUCAGGUGGCGGAGCGACGGAGGUUGGCGGUUCAAGCAUUGGUUGAACUCGCAAAUGGCUCGUACACGAACAAGGCUCUAAUGGUGGAGGCAGGACUGCUAUCAAAAUUCCCAGAAAAAAUGGACAUUUCGGAGGAGUCGACAAGGCAAGAAUUUGUACAGCUCCUACUUUCAAUAACAUCCUUAGCCAACGCCCAGUUACCUGCGAUCAACACAUCAAGAAUCGUUCCGUUUCUCGUCAGCAUCCUCGAAUCAAGCACAAACAACGACACCAUAGAAUUAUGCUUAUCAACACUGCACAACCUGUCUUCAGUUCUGGAAAACGCAGGAAUCUUGGUUAAAAACGGAGUGGUCAGCAUCCUCUUGAACUUAAGUUCAAUUAAGGAAGUUUCAGACAAGGCCCUGGCAGUACUAGGAAACCUGGCUGUAACCUUAACCGGCAAAAAGGCUCUGGAAGAGAGCCCUGUGAUGCCCGAGAGCCUAAUCGAGAUAAUGACAUGGGAAGAAAAGCCAAAAUCCCAGGAACUAUCAGUAUAUAUUCUGAUGAUUCUGGCUCACCAGAGCUCAGUUGAGAGGGAGAAAAUGGCGAAGGCGGGAAUCGUGGCGGUUCUGCUUGAAGUGGCGCUGUUGGGGAGUGCAUUGGCUCAGAAACGGGCGCUGAAACUGCUGCAAUGGUUCAAGGAUGAGCGGCGGAGCAGAAUGGGGCCUCAUUCGGGGCCGCAGAUGAGAAGAGCGACGACCCUGGGUUCGCCGGUGCAUCCCAGGGAAGUGGACGAGGGGAAGAGGUUGAUGAAGAGUAUUGUGAAGCAGAGCUUGUAUAAGAACAUGGAAACCAUUACUCGGCGAGCCAACGGGGAAGGAGAGUCGUCAUCGGCGGCCAGGCUUAAGGCGGCUUUGGUCAGUAGUUCUAGCUCUAAGAGCUUGCCUUACUAGGGUGAGAUGAUCAGAGUUGAUAUAUGUUUCUUGUUUUAGUUUCAUGUACUUGUGCACUGCUGGUGUGCACCUCUGAUCUGGUCUGUAUAUCAAAUGAAAAACAACAUUUUAUUGAAGAGAAAUCAUCAUUUUAUUUUAAUCUA